AAUUGAUAUACUCUUACUGUUUAAUAGUGCAAUUAUUUUUAACUGAGUUAAUUUAUUUUGCUUAAAUCGCCAGAGUUAACUGUGAUUAAAUGACAGCCCAGAUUCUAGGCUGCAGAUGCACAACACACCUAAGGUCGCUGGUGACAUUCCCUUAGGUGACUCCUGCAAAGGAAAUACCUUUGUGUGUGCACCACAAAGAUCCUGACAAACCCCAGCGAGGUCAGAGAAGAGCUACAGGACCCCUCAGGCCGGGCUUGGUUCAGACAGCAGAGUUGGAGCCUGGGGACGCGCUGCCUGUGAGCCUCGGGGGCAUGUUGCUCACUCACUGCCAGGCCCGCGACCUUUGGUGUUUUCCAUAAUGCACCAGCUGCCGGAGCCGCGCGAUACGGGGAGACUCUCCUCACUGAGUCAGAGCCCAGAGUCCGCAUCUAGAUCACGCAGCUGCGGACAAAAGCCCGAAAGAGCCACUGGAGGGACCCCGAAGGGCUCGCACCCGGCCGGGCGGGGCCCUUGUGGGACGCGCCGCGGGCUCCCACACCAGCCCGCCCCGCCCCGCCCCGCCGCGGAGAGCAAUUCACGGUGGGACUCCAACUCCCGGCAUGCCACGGGCCAAGACAGGCCUUCAACGAAGAGUAAACGUCCCAACAUGGCCGUGGCUCCCGCAAAGCAUGCUGGGAACAACAGUCCCCGGUCCGGCCGCAAUGCACACUGGGAGCUGUAGUUUACACGGGACCUAUUCGUUUUACCCGGGCACGCGCGGCUCAGGUCGGUUCUCCUUUUGCCAGACCCCCGCUCCGAUAGGACCGCUUCCGCUUCCGCUGUCCAGGUGCUUCCGGCCCCGCCCUUCCGGCGCAGUGGCUUCCGCUCCCACAGUGCCCCGCGCCGAAUCAUGGACCACAAUGCAUGCUAUGUUGAUGUCCUCAAAGUUUCUGGCACAAAAAUACCUGAAUUGAACACUGUUCUUUACCUGAUUGCUGCAAAUCCUCCUUGGAUGCACACCUUUUUAUUUUAAAUAGUAUUGAAACUCAUAAAUGAUUAGUGACGCCAUAGAAACCACACAAUGUCAACAAAAAGAUCCAGUAGAUUUGUUUCAUUCUGGGCACUUUGUAAAAAUAUGUGCCCCUAUGGUCCGAUAUUCAAAGUUGGCUUUCAGAACUUUGGUCAGGAAAUACAGCUGUGAUUUGUGUUAUACACCAAUGAUAAUUGCUGAAGAUUUUGUCAAAUCUGUGAAAGCUAGAGACAGUGAAUUCACAACAAGCAAAGGUGAUCGCCCACUGAUUGUUCAGUUUGCUGCUAAUGAAGCACAGGUUUUAUCUGAUGCUGCCCGUAUCGUCUGUCCUUUUGCAGAUGGAAUAGAUCUAAAUUGCGGCUGUCCUCAGAGAUGGGCAAUGGCAGAAGGUUAUGGUGCUUGUUUAAUAAAUAAACCAGAGCUGGUUCAAGAUAUGGUGAGACACGUAAGAAAUCAAGUAGAGAACCCCAGAUUUUCAGUAUCUAUUAAGAUAAGAAUCCAUGAUGACCUAAAGAGAACUGUAGAUCUCUGCCGAAAAGCUGAAGCAACUGGAGUUUCCUGGAUUACAGUUCAUGGGAGAAAUGUAGAAGAACGACAUCAGCCAGUACACUAUGAUGCAAUUAAAAUAAUUAAACAAAAUAUGUCUAUACCUAUUGUAGCUAAUGGAGAUGUUAAAACUUUAAAAGAUGCCGAGAAUAUUCAUCAUAUGACGGGGACAGAUGGUGUAAUGGUUGCUAGGGGGCUCUUAGCCAAUCCAGCCAUGUUUGCAGGAUAUGAAGAGACACCUUUGAAGUGCAUCCAGGACUGGGUUGACAUUGCUCUUGAACAUGGGACUCCUUUUACGUGCUUUCAUCAUCAUUUAAUGUACAUGAUGGAACGGAUAACUUCAAAACAGGAAAAAAGGGUUUUUAAUGUUUUAUCAAGCACCUCAGCGGUUCUAGACUACCUUAAUGACCACUACGGGGUGUAAUAGCUUUUAAACUAUUUUAAUCAUGUGAAUAUUGCAUUUUAUAUUUUAGAGUUGCGGGUACUUUGUUAUAGUGGUAGGUUUCCCCACACUUAUAUUUAUUAGUCAAAAUCACAGUGCAUUGAAAGAUCUCAUGCAGUGUAAUAUUACUGGACAUUUCUGAACUGAUCAUAUUAUAUUUUUAUAUUAACAUUAUUUUCAACUCAGAAAAUAUUCAUGACUUGAAAAUAGCUUUUAUAUAUGUGUGGUAAUGCAUUGCCAUACACAGGAAUGUGAUGCUGUAAGCAAAGUGUCUUAUGAGAAAAUAAAUUAUAUAUGCAGUACCAAAGUGCUUUCAAAGAUCAUUCCCAAUGCUGCUACCCUUACUCAUGUGAGUAGAAGGGCCGCAGGAACAGGCUCAAAGGGUAUUAAACAGAAUUAUAUUGAAUUGUUCCCUUAACUGAGAAAAGCUCAACAGAGAAGCCCUGCUAGUGUUUAUCUAAAGUGAAAAUUCAGUAUUUAUGUUUUGGUUUUAAUUAUGUGGGCCCCUAAAUCACAGAAGAGAAGGGCUUCACGCCACUGCCCCUCUUUAGGUUCAGGUGUCCCAUUUGCUGCUCUGAAGGCCUGAAAUCCCUUAAACUGAUGUUGAACUUAGAGUUCCAGAUUUUCCUAGCCGAGUGGAAGAAAAUUAAUAUAUUAAAUUAUAGUUUUCCACUCCAUUAAUUUUCAAGUGGAAGCUCUGUCUGCUUAAUGUUAAGUGUUACUAUAAGUCCAGAAUGAAAUUGUUUUGGUAAGUAAGGUCUCAAAUCAGACCUUGAAUCAGUGCUUGAAAUUAAGCAUGUGCUUGUUUUGUCCCCUUCACUUCAAAAUAGGACUUCACUUCUGUGCUUGAAGUUAUACACGUGUUUAGGUACCUUGCAGACUUGGGGCACAAAACUUAAAAAGAUUUGUUCAACAUGCAUUAUGUACAGUAUAUGUUCCUAAGAUCAAGUGGGUGAGGUGAUAUCUUUUAUUGAACCAACUUCUGUUGGUGAGAGGUAAGAUGCUGAGCUUACACAGAGCUCUUCAAGACUGGGAAAGGCACUCAGGCCAGGUCUACUCUACAGACCUAUCUCAAUAGAACUACAUUGCUCUUGUGUGAAAAAUCCACAUUCCUGAGCAACGUAGUUCUAUCAACCUAACCUACUGUGUAGACUGCGCUAUGUCAGCAGGAGAGCUUCUCCCAUUGACAUAGCUACCACCUCUCAAAGAGAUGGAUUAACUACAAAACUCUUCCAUUGGCUUAGGAGUGUCUUCACCAACACCAGCUCCUCAGAAUGUUACAGCUAAAUACAAGGUGGAACAGCUAAGGAGUUAACACAUCUUCCAAAAGACCCUGAAGGUGAAUUGGGUAGGUAUCACCUCUACAACCAUAGGAUAAAAGAGGUGUUAGUAGGUUCCAGACUUUUGUAAUGAGCCAUAGAUUCAGUGUCUUCCUUAAGUAUAGUAACUCCUCACUUAGUCAUCCCGGUUAAUGUUUCAUUGUUACGUUGCUUAUCAAUUAGAGAACAUUCUGGUUUAAAGUUACACAAUGCUCCCUUAUAACUUUGUUUGGCAGCUGCCUGCUUUAUCCACUGCUUGCAGAAAGAGCAGCCCU